AUGCAUCUCCCGUUGGGGGAGCCCAAGGCUGUGUCACGCAUCCAAAUCUUCAGCCGGAAACAUAGGAUCAUCGUUUGCAUCGCCGUACUCUUUUUGCUUUCCACCAUCAUAUUCUACCUACCUUUCGAGAGAAGAUCAUACUUAAGACACUUAUUGCUCCCCCCUAGUCGAUAUACCAAGUGCAAACUCGAGGAGCCCAGCGCUCUCACCUGCAACGCGACUCUGGCCGCCAAGCACGAACCCAUCCCAAACAUAGCCCACUAUGUAUUCAUUCUUCGCGACCCGUCCGGCGAUUUCUCCUUCCAGUUCAGUCACUUUCUAAGCAUCUACUCAGCGUACCAUCUCUGGCGCCCCGACAAGAUAUAUCUUCACACAAAUGUCGCUCCCGACAGCGCUCCAAUCGCUCGAGCGAAGAGUGGUAGCACGGGGAAGUGGAAUCAACUAAUCUUCAACAUCCCCAGUCUCACCAUCAACAGCAUCACGGUCCCUACCCAUGCUGGAAAUGGGGUCGAGAUCUCGGGACUGGAACACAAGUCGGACUUUGUCAGGGUCAAGGCUGUGCACAACUUUGGGGGCACUUAUGUCGAUUUCGAUGUCUUCCCACUCCGCGACCUCAAGCCCUUGCGAGAACGCGGCUUUGCCGCCGUCGGCGGACGACAGGAGGGAGGCGAACUGAACAGUGGCACCUUCAUGGGUGUCGCGGGGAGUCUGGCGUUGACUGAGUGGAUGGAGGAGAUGAACAGAGUGUACGAUGGUGGCUGGACCACCCACAGCAACGCUGCCCUUACUCGCAUCGGGAAUCGCCUGGCAAUAGAACAGCCCUGCGAGCUACUCGCACUCAACCAAGCCGCCUUCGCCCCCGGGAGCUGGCUUGACCACGACAUCGACAAUCUGUUCUCCACCCACGAAGGCGCCCCGAUCAUACCUCCUGGUGGAAACUCGAGCAUGCGCCAGGGAGUCCCUCUGGAGGAGGAAGAUAUCCCAGAAGACUUUGACGCUGAUAAGUCACUGAUGCCAAGCUGGGCUCGCGAUUUCUCCUGCACAUACCUGCUGCAUGCUUUCAGUGGGAACAAGGCAAGGCACGGCGUCACUCAUAACAAUUUUGACCCUCAAUAUGUGUUGGAUCUGCGCAGCAACUUUGCCAGGGCUGUGUAUCCUAUUGCAAAGCUGUUGCUUGACAAGAAGGUUAUAACUUUAGACGAUACUGAUCUUGGAAAAUGA